GUUAUUUAUUUAUUAUAGUAACAAAGUAGUAGCCCAGUGGGCGUAUACUUUCCACAUUUUUAACCUUUUAUUACUUGAAUAAUUCCCUUUUUCGUUAAACACAUUAAAAGUUGAAUAGUGUAUUGGAUAUUAAUAUUGAAAUGGAUUUAUGUCAUAUACUUGAAUGAAUCAAAUCAAAUCAAAUUAAAUCAAAUGACAAAUACAACAAAUAUGCUUCCACCUAAAACUCCUCAAUGCUCUAUUUCAUCAAAUUCACAUCAUUCUAAUAUUACAUAUCAUACAGAGAAUUCUUUACCACAUGAUCAUAAUCAUGAUCAUGAUGAUGAUGAUGAUGAUCCUUCUGUUAUUUUAGAUAAUAAUACUUGUUUAAAUGCUAAUCUUAAUGAAGAUUCAAUGAUGAUUUUAUCACAAUCAAUUGAUUCUAUACAUACAGUUGGUACUAAUAAUGGUGAAGGAACAGAGCAUCAAGUUCGUACAUUGUUCGUUAGUGGUUUACCUUUGGAUGCUAAACCAAGAGAACUCUACUUGUUGUUUCGAAGCUUCAAAGGAUAUUUGUCAUCAACACUUAAACCGGCUGGAAAGAAUGGAAAACUUACAGCGCCUGUAGGUUUUGUAACUUUUGAAUCACGAGAACAAGCUGAAGAAGCAAUGGCGAAACUUCAGGGUGUGAAAUUUGAUCCAGAUGGUAAUCAACAUAUGCGUUUAGAGUUUGCCCGUAGUAAUACUAAAGUUACUAAACCUAAAACAACAAUACCUGUUGGUUUCAGUAAUAUGAAUGUAAAUAAUCCACAUCAGAAUGGAGUAAAUCAACAUAAUUCUUUAUCGAAUUUGGGUACUUGUCCAACAAAUAUAAUUUCUCCUAGUAAUAUCAAUGGUAUGGUUGCUAAUUUACAACCAUCAAUAUUUGCUCAAUUAGCAGCUACAGGACCAACUAUUGAGACAUCCAAUGGAAUAUUUGCUACGGCAACAGAUGCUUCUACAGCUAUGGCAGCGGCUGCAGCCGCUGCAGCUGCCGCUCAAUGGGCUACAAUCCCUGGUUUACCGUCACUUGCUUCAGCCUACGAAAAUACGGCUUAUUUAUCUUCAGCAGCUGGUUUAGUUCAAGCAAAUAAUUUUCGUACUUUAGUCCCUGGAAAUAUGAACACUGGUACUUAUGGUAUACAAACUGCUAAUCCAUCAUCUAUUCCAAGUUUACAAAUGGUUCAAGCUGCUAUUGCUCAUGCUAAUGUAGCUGCAGCUUUAUGUUCUGCAAAUGUAUCUUCUAUUAAUGGUGGUACAAUUUGUUCACCUUCUACACUUGCUAAUUUAUCACAACAAAACAAUACACAAGUAUCAUUUUGUAAUACAGGUACAUCAAAUUCACCAAGUCCUAAUAAUGGAACAGGAUCAUCUUCAACUACUAUUACUGCAUUAUCUCAUAGUACAAAUAAUCAUUUAAGAAAUAAUUAUUUUCCUAGUCAUCAGUCAAAUGUAUCAAAUGUUGCUUCAUUUAUGGCACAAUUACAACAACAACAACAACAACAACAAAGUCAGACAUUAGCUACAGUUCAUUUAAAUCAACAUGGAAAUGUCAAUACACCGAAUUCUCCAUUAGGUUUUGCUAAUGUUGUUUCAGCUACAACUGGUCUACCACCUCAAAUGGCUGCUGCAGCAGCUAUUGGUCUAUUAGGUGGUGGAUAUAAUUCAAUUAUAAAAGAGUUAACAGGAAAUGAAAGUCAAUUUCAAUCUGGUCUAUCACCAUAUCAACAAAAUGUUAAUUUCUAAAUUCAAUAAAUGAUUUCUUCAUAUUGGUACAAUUGGUACACUACCGAAACACAUUUUAUUAACUGUCCAAUAAAACAAAACAAAUGGUUAUGUAUUCUCAUUAUGAUGGCUGUGCCAAAAUUCAUUAAUCUAUACUAUACAUAUCAUAAAGAAAAUUUCUUUUAUUGUUCAAUAAUAACAGUUCUUGUUUGUAUUUUACCCAUAUAAACAUACAUACAUACAUACAUACAUACAUACACACACACACAUACAUACAUACAUACAUACAUAUCUACAAUAAUUCGAUCCUAUAGAAGAAUGUUAUGAUAGUUUUUUUAAUCUGAAUUACUUUACAUCAUUAACAUUCUAUGAUGACUAUUUAAGAAUGAUAAUUACAAACUUGUAUUUUUAUUAGUCAUAACUGUGUAAUAUUUUAAUAUCAUUAAGAUUUUUAAAAAAAAACCCCAUAAACAUAUCACCAUAGAGACAAAGACAGAGACAGAGACAGGGACAGAGAGAGAGAGAGAGAGAAAAUCAAUAAUUUAAAUAUUGUUUCUUCUUGUUACUGUUGUUGUUUUUGUUUUUGUUUUCAUCACUGGGAAGUGAAUUUCUAUUUUAACUUUUUCUGUUAAACGGUUUUCAAAAUAAAAGAAAGAAAAAAGAAAGAAAAAAAAAACAUAAAUUGGAGAAUGAUUCAUAUUUUUUUGUGUGUGUGUGUGUGUGACAUACUCAAAUGGAUUGAUUUUUUGUAUUUUACUUUUAUUGAUUUAUUGGAAUGUUAUAUUUUUUUUGUACUUUGUAUUAUUUCCACUUUUUACUUUUUGUUUUUUUUUGUUGUUUAUUACUUGUUUCAUUCUUUUCUAUUGUUGUAUCUGGUCUAAGGUAUUAUUUCAUAAACAAGCAUUUUUCUCAAGAAGAAGAAAAAGAAAAAAAAAAGAAAAAAAACUUUUAUUAUUCCUUAACAAUGUAUGUGGUUAUUUGUUUCUUUUGUUUUCUUCUCUACUCUUCUCUUCUCUCUUUACUUUUCUUUUUUUUGUAGUUGUGUUUUGGUAUUUUCUUUUUCUUUUUCUUUUUCUUUUUUUUGUUAUUUCUUUUAAUUAUUUUCAUUAUUUUUCUCUUAUAUAUUUAUUACAUGGUAACUAAUUGUUUACUGAAAUUCUAUCAUAAUUUAUUUUAGCAUUUUUAUUUGGAAUCAAUAAAGCAUAUCACUUAUAUGUGAUUUUCAUGAAUAUAAUGAAUUUCUAG